GUCUGUCAGAUCUUUAGUUACCCCAAUCUCACAACACAUUGUAUUUUACUCAUGCAACAAGUGGUUUGCAGCCUUGUAGAGACAGCUACUGAGACUUAUUAGUAAUUCGACAUUACGCUGGCUUGAACAGCUCCAAACAACAACAUGAGUUCUUCGGUGACAGUUGGGAGCACGGCUGGUAUGGAGACGGUUGUUGCAGUUGCCCUUGGUGCUCUUGCUGCUGUUUUUCUUGGCGCGCUUCUCGUUUUGUUAGUCAUUUGCAGAAGACAACGAUGCUAUCAUAAACAAAAGGAUUCCCACGACUUGAAUUCUGAUUUAUUGGAAAGCGAAAGUGGUGGAGCUUUGAGUUUGGAUGCUUGGGAGGGCGAAGAAUGGCUGGUUGAUGCUGAGAGGUGGGUUGACGAUGCGACUGGUUUGGCACCACCAUGUAUAGCAGUGCUAAGAUCAUGCCAUUCCUUAGCAGCAAGUUUGACCAAAAUUGCUGGAACAGUAAACAGUAACACAGUACCUCUUGAAAUUGUAGACGUUGCCAGACGCAUACCACCAAGAGUAGAUGAUGUUGUACGUAGCCUCUACCCACCCCUAGAUGCUCGUUUACUGGAAGCGAGAGUAGCAGCUCUGGUUUUAGCAGUCACUAACUUGGCACUUGUUACAAAACAUGGGAUACCGAAAAGUCAGGCAAGGAAGUUGGCAUUUAUUGAUCAGGCCCUCAGUGACAUGGAUUUACAUCUCUUAGUUUUACGGGAAGCCGCACUGGCACAGGAAGCAGCAUGUGCCAUCCCAGCAUCUACCGCAGUAUUAAAAUGAUAACUGAAACUAUAAAUUACGUCUCUUGAUACUUACACUUGAUACAUCAACUUCGAAUUAAGCUGUGAUUCACCAUUCAAUUGUUGAAGUGACACAGUUUUGUCGUACGAUUCGCUGCCCCCUUACAACUGAGACAAUAUGUUUUACUUGUAUAUAAUGUAUUCCAAGUAAUAUAACUAACUUCCAGAACCUCAAAGUAUUUUCAAUUUUUGAAACUCACGUUUAUUGUUAAUGUUCCAUGAAGAUAUUUUGUGUUUUGUAAAUUAUAAAAUAGACUAUAUUUAUGUAUUUCAUAUAUUUAUAUAAAUGCGCAAUCAAAUUUUUAUACGAUUUUACUACAAUAUAUUAUAUGGUGCGUUUAUACCUACAGUUUAUGAAACAAUCUUGACAGGUCUACAAAAAGACUUUUGUUUCUACUUGACCUUUGUAAAUAUGUUAAUUUUUACCUACACAAAUGAUUCUGUCAAUCUACAUGACAUUUCGCGAAUGAACUUCACCAGAGAAGUUUAAAGUAUUGGAAUCUCUAGUUAACUGAAUCAACCUAAUUCAUUAAAAAUAAUCUCAUAUUAUUUCGAGCCCAGUAAAUUAUCCCACAAACAUGUGGUAGAUAAUUCCAACUCAGCCAUCAGAGCCUCAGGAGAUUAUAACAAUAUUUGCAAUCUAUCACAUGUCAAUGAAAGACUGGCUCACUGUGGCUCACUAAUGCAUUGUUAUUAUUCAUAUAUGUAUAUUAUUACAUUGUAUAUCAUUUUGAAGAUUGAGAUAUUUCUAUUUAAAUAUGGACGUAACACUGGAAAAAACCAGCACAUGUUACGGCGCAAUGAUUCUAUUUUUGUUAAUACAUGCAUAUCAAGAAAUAAACCAUACAUGUACACACAGAUAUAUUUUGUAUUUACUAAUCCCGAUCAAAUGACGAGUAAACGACGUAUUUAAAAAAAAAAAUUUAAUCUCGUGUAUCAAAUUUGUUAUUGUAAUGUUGAGCGAAUGAAAAAGGAUAUUGUGAGUUUUUACUAAUUGCCACAUUCCUUCAAGUAUUUUAUUAAUAUUCAAUAGUUAGAUUCAAAUUACAAUCUCUGAGACCAUAGAGGUGUAAUCCCACAGGGCAACGAUUUCUGUUAAUUAAUCAAUUAGGUAAUUGUAAUUAGUUAUUACUCAUUUAUCGUUUUAAAUAAAUUAGCUAAGAUAGCUCAAGCCAUCGUCGUGCUACACAGCAGCACCGAUUUAGGAUGGCAGGCAAGUUUAUUUUUCGGUAAAAUUUCUAUAUAAUUGAGGGUGCAAUAUAAAAGGAAUAAAAUGGGUUUCAGAA